AUGGGAAUGGUGCCGUUGGCCUGGAGGAGAUUGGCAGAACGACCAUCGUUCUGGGGAAGGGUAGGCGGUGGUGAGAGAGACGAGGUGAUUGUGGAUGUGCUAUUUGGUAUCUUAGGCAUAAGAGCCUCUCCAGCGUGCAGACAGCCCAGGCCCAGGGGAGGUGUGGGACCCACCAACCCGGGCUGGCCCGAAGGCAACUUCUGCCUGAGGUCCAAAACGAGGGGGGGUGACUGUAGCGCUACAGUAUCUGCUACAGCCCACUACAGCAUCGCUACAGUACCUCGCUGA